GAUUGAAAACGCACUCAAUUACCAUAAAACGGUAAUAAAUAUUUCUUCGGCAAGUAUCGAAAUUAAGUGUUAUGCACUUCUGAAGUUAAUUGAAAUCUAAAUCGGUCCGCGACGUGAUGUGAUCGGAUAUUAAUAUCGGAUAUUUAUAUUUACCGACUGGUUUCCGAUGAGUGAAGGCGACGGACGUUUGCCAAGAAAAACGUCGGCUUGAAUGAAGAGGUGAUAGCUCUGGACGCAGCGUUUGGCAUAUGGCCAGAGUUAUUGGGAGGCAAUAGGUACCACCUUGGCAGCUUCUUCAUACCAGCGUACACACAACUUUUAUGAUAGUUGAGAAAUGGUACCUUUGGCAGAUAUGGAAUUAUUUAACGAUCAUCUUCAGGAAGUUCUCGAGUAGUAUCAACGGAAGAAAGAAGCACUUACCUUUACAAGGUCCUCGAUAUACGAUUGGUAUCGCCCUACCGGCCGUGCACGCGGCAGAUCGCAAAUGGCACGCAGAAGGGUACGUCUUACCAUCCACGGCGCACACCACCCUCUUGGUACCACCAUCCGGGAAGUUCGGACAUCGACGGAGGCAAGCGGCGCAGUGCGGCCUGAGAUUCUGGUCCAGGAGACAGUGCUUGCCCAUUGGACAUUGGAUCCUUGAACAAGAUUCUGGAAGAAAGGAAAACGUUCAAGGUUUUGCUGGUUGUCGCAAUUUAUUCUUCAUUCAAAUAAAACAGAAAAAUCCUAGUAUAAAUACACUCUCCAGAAAAACAAGGUUCCAGAGUCGAGCUCCUCGUCACUGUAAGCCGUCGUAUGGGAUGGGGAGGCGCAGCACUGCUCCCUGGAGACGCGUUCCUGGAGCAGCUCGGUACACCGGCCGUAAGGGGCCUCCCCUUUGGAGGAGGUAG